UCAAAAAACAUAGAGAGGGGGAGAAAGAAAGAGAGAGGAGAGUUUCCUCUCGCUGGCAGUGACAGAAACAGACCUGAGUGUCGCCAGCCCUGUGGACCUGCGUUUCUGGAAGAAAAUAAACAGCAGCAGCCGUGCAGAACAGGAUUUUUAAGCCCUGAGAAAGUGUGUGUGUGUGUGUGUGUGUGUGAGAAGAAGAGGGGUUGGGUCAGCUGGACCCAAGGCUGAGAGAGGGGGCUGCACUGCGUAAAGAUGGGUGCAGCUCCAGGGAGGACACGCGUCUGACAGCUUUUCGGACUUCCUGGGAGAACCUCUGGAUUAAAGACUGUUGCCGAGAUUGAGGCUGAGGUGACAGAUUGGACAGAUGGCUUCCCUUCAAUCCACCCCAAUCUCAGACACCAUGCCUACUAGAGUACCCCCAAUGCACCAGCAUCAACUUGAAGACGAAGAAGGGGAGAAGGAAGAGUUUGGAGAGAAAUUUGAGUUCGAUGACUCUGACGAAGACAGUGGCCAGGGCAAGACACCUGAUACGGACGGAGGAUUCUACUCUUCCACUGGCAACACUGGAGCCUCCAAGCAGGCGGUGGUCCUUACCACAUUUCAGAGCCCGGUGCUACCACCUGCCAUGGCCAAGAGUCCGCAUGUUAGUGACGGAGUGACCUCUACAGGCCAGGAGGACCAGAGAAGCAGCCCAGAUAUGGUGGCCAGAGAGUCUCCUGAUGGCAGCUCAAUAGAGCCCAGGGUAUCUGAAGACUCAGAGGCGACCUGGAAGGCAAACAGCAUCUAUGAGGCUACAGUAGAGCCCAAGGUAUAUGAUGACUCAGAAGCGACACGGAAGGCCAACAGCAUCUACGAAGGUUCAAAUCCUGAGUGUUACUACACGCCUAUCAUAAAAAAGUCGGCCCGCACCCAAGCUUUGACAGUCCAGACACCUGCUCGCUCCCGGGAAUGGUUCAGUGUGGUGUCAGAACUCACACUGCGACUGCACAAAGGUCGACCUUCCGUGCCUUCUGCCCCCGAGCCAGCCCAGCAGGAAGCACCCCCAGCUCGUACAGAGGUCAUUUACGAUGAUGUACCGUGUGAGAGCACACUAUCUCUCGACGCAGUGGACGACCAGGUAUACGAGGACGUGCAGAGGCCAGACGAGCUGCAGGGGACAGACAAUGGCUGGAGCUCCAGCGAAUUUGAGAGCUACGAUGAGCAAUCAGAUGAAGAGACCAAACCACCGGCUCGUAGCAAGAUCUCUCCGGAUGUGAGCCGACUGAGGGAGCGGUGUGUCAGGACCAAGCGGGAUUUCGCCAUGCGCUUAGCCGGGCGGGACUUCCCCCAAAUCAAACAGUGCUAUGACAUCAAGGUCCAACAGCUCAUGAAGGCUGCCAGGGACGGGACCAAAGAUGGACUGGAGAAGACCAAAAUAGCCAUGAUGCGUAAAGUCUCCUUCCUGAACAAGAAAGAGCUCACUGAGGACACAGAGGAUGAGUCUGGCUAUCUGGACGUGACUUUAUCUGAGGUGAAACACCCGCCCCCACAGCUGAGUCCGAUGCCAGAAGGCCUAAGCAGCCAGCAGAUUGUAAGACGUCACAUUCUUGGUUCCAUAAUUGACAGUGAGAGAAGCUACCUCGAAUCCCUCAAGAGAAUACUACAGGAAUACCAGAAGCCCUUACUGGAAGCCGAGCCAAAGAUCCUGAAUUCUAAGAAGAUCCAGCCCAUCUUCUACCGGCUCAAAGAGAUCGCGCAGUGCCACUCCAUGUUCCAGAUCGCACUGGCCUCUCGUGUGUCCGAGUGGGAUGCCACCGAGAUGAUAGGUGACCUGUUUGUGGCCUCAUUUUCCAAGUCCAUGGUGCUGGACGUGUACAGCGAAUAUGUCAACAACUUCACCAAUGCCAUGGCUCUCAUCAAGAAGGCGUGUAUGUCCAAACCGGCUUUUCUGGAGUUCCUCAAGAGGAAGCAGGCGUCCAGUGCUGACAGGAUCACUCUGUACGGUCUGAUGGUCAAGCCCAUCCAGCGUUUCCCGCAGUUCAUCCUCCUGCUGCAGGACAUGUUGAAGAAUACUCCAGUGGGACACCAGGACCGUCUGCCUCUCCAGCUGGCUCUGACGGAGCUGGAGACGCUGGCCGAGAAACUCAACGAGCAGAAACGUGUGGCCGAUCAGGUCGCCGAGAUCCAGCAGCUUGCCCGCAGCAUCAAUGACCGCAACCUCAGCAAGCAGCUGAACGCUGACCAACGUCAUCUUAUCCUGCACGAGACGCUCAUCGAGACCGUGUACGGCGAGAAGGGCCAAGUGCUCAAAUCAAAGGAGCGCAAGGUCUUCCUCCUCAACGACUCCCUUGUGUGCGCAAACAUUAACCUCAAUUACACUGAGAGCGGCAUUGAUACCUUCAUUCAGGAAAGAUUUUGGGGUCCUCCAGAUAUCAGCAGCCUUGUUCCUAUCGGGCCGAAGUACGCGGUGAAGUGGAGUGCCCCCUUGCUUCAAGUGCAGGCGGUGGAGGUGGGGCAGGAGGGCUCACCAAGCAAAGAGAAUCUCUUCCAGCCCAGCAACAACAAACGCCUCAGCACUAGCACUCCAGGGAAGGUGUUUCUGGGACCUCCCCGGCUUUACCAGGACCUGCAGGAGCUUCAGCAUGACCUGUCCGUGGUGGAGGAGGUCACUCUGCUCGUGGGCACUUUACAAGGAGAAUAUCAGAACCUGAACACCACAGUGGGGCAAGACUGGUGCCUGGCCCUGCAGCGACUCAUUCGCAUCAAGGAGGACGAGAUCCAGUGUGCCAACAAGUGCCGUCUGCGACUGAUGGUGCCUGGCAAACCAGACAAGUCUGGACGUCCAGUGAGUUUCAUGGUGGUCUUCAACACUCCCAAUCCUCUCAGCAAAAUCUCUUGGGUCAACCGGCUGCACCUGGCUAAGAUUGCACAAAGGGAAGAAAAUAUGCCUGGAUGGGUGUUUGCAGAUGACGAUGACAAAACUAAGCCUCCGUUCUGGUGCCCACUUCUGGCCUGUCGAAUGCCAGCCUUCAACAUCAAGUCCCAAGAAUGGAAGCUGGAGACCGCUCUACACAACCCAGUCCAGUGUGCUCUCCUCGGCUUCUCCGCCGCCAGUACGUCGCUGCCCCAGGGCUACCUGUGGGUGGGCAGCUGGGGGGAUGACUCCCACGGCCAAGUGGAGAUCUUCUCCCUGAACAGAGCUACGCCGCGCUCGGUCAAGUCCUUCCCUGUGGGGGCGCCGGCGCUGUGCCUGGAGUGUGUGACCGAGCCAGAGCGCGGGGCCUUUGAGGAGGACGGAGAGGAGGAGUUGGAGUGCCCGGCUAAAAUAGGCAACACCAUCUGUGUGGGGCUAAGGGAUGGGAGCAUUCUAGUGUAUGGUAGUGUGGACACCACCACUCAGUGCCUACAGACCUUCCGGAACCCUGAGGCCAUUCCAGUUCUGUGUCUGAAAAAUUCGGCCAACUUCCUGUUCGCAGGGCUACUGAAUGGCACUGUGUUGGUGUACAGCCGGAAGAGUGAAGACGGCCUGUGGGAGUGGGACACCGCCAGGCAGGUGACAGUGGGCUCAACUGCCGUCAAGACUCUGCUGGGGGUGGAGGCCUCCGUCUGGGCCUGCUGCGCCAACCGUGUCACGGUCAUCCAGAACUCCACUCUUCACAAGCAAUCAUUUGAGGCUCACCCAGAGCCAGCGGUGAGCGUGACCCACAUGGUGCGCGCCGGGGGCGGCGUGUGGAUGGCCUUCUCCCAGGGCUCGUCUCUGCGCCUGUUCCACACCGAGACGCUGGAGCACCUCCAGGAGAUCAACGUUUCCACUCGCCCUGCCUACCUGGGCCCAGCGGGUCAGAAGGCCAUCUGUGUCACCAGCUUACUCAUCUGCCAGGGGUUGCUGUGGGUCGGCACUGCCCAGGGCAUCAUCGUCACGUUCCCCGUUCCAAAAUUGGAGGGGAUUCCCAAAAUAACUGGUAAGGCUAUGACCUCACUGAAUGCUCACAAUGGUCCUGUGGACUUCCUCGUGGCCACUUCGAGCACAUUGUCCCCGGACUUGCUGAAACGGGACUCCGUUCCCGACGGUGUGGACUCGACCGCCACCGAUGGCGCGACGUCGCCGGCAGCGGCAGAGGGGAAGAAGAGGAGCACCUCGCAGGAGUCCCUCCAGACGGCCAACGACAACUCCCCGCAGCCCGAGAGGCGCCCCAAGGGCGUGCUGCUGCAGUACCGGCUGCGCUCCACCUCCCAGCUCCCGGGCAAGCUCCUCUCGGCCGAGCCCGAGGGCCGCGGAGCCGAUUCGCCCGCCCCAGAGUGGCCCGAGCACGGCCCGGAGGAUGGCUCCAUCUACGAGCUGAGCGACGACCCGGAGAUCUGGGUGCGCGGGCGCCCCACGCUCAAGGAGGGGCUGCGGAGGGAGCGGGUCAUGUCGGCCGCCGUCGUCUCCGGGGGCAGGGGCUUCCGUGCCUCGGGCGUCCGCCUCCGCCCGCCUCGGCCAGCUGGCUCGGCUCGGCUCCUGCCUCGGUGGACUCUUGCGGCCCUCGGGGGGUCGACAUCACAUGAGAGCACGCUCAUGGUCUGGCAGCUCCCGCUCACUGUCUGA